AUGGAUGGCAUGGCGCCAGCAAAUCUUUUGGAAGAGGUGCCGAGGCUCACCACCAUGCUAAGAGCCUAUGGUCCUGAGCGCCACCACCCUUUUGAUGUUUAUGAACAGUUCGUGCGUAGAAAGUCAAUCCUCGAGGAGUAUCAAAGAAGGGCAGCAAAUCAGAAGUCUGCUGUGGGCGCAUCCGCUCUGGCGCGCAAGUUGAUUCCACACUGGGACACAGCCCCGCAUGCCGCUCGUGAGGUGUACGAGCAGUUCCUUGGGGCUGCCCGGGAAUUGUUGGGAGGGGAGCCGUCGUCGGAGGAGCUGCAUCAGUCGGCAACCCUCAUCUAUGAAAGCCUUGCAAACCUGGAGCUCAAUGAGAGGGGGCAGUUUGCUCGUUCUGACCUUGCGGACAAGAGGGCGGACCUGGUGUCCAUCUUUGGCACCCUCACUGAAGGCCCUGUUUUCAGUGCCACCGCCCACCUGGUGCUCCAGCUGCGAGACUGGGCAGCUAAGCUCAGGAGCACGGGUGAAUUAGAGGUGCCCACACCCAGCCGCGAGUUCCGGGACACCCUUGGCUACGAUGCCCAACCAGGCAACAGGGACGGUGUCAACGGGGCCUCUGAGUCGGAGGAGUGGUGGGAGGACGACGAGGAUGAUCUCGACAGCUGGGGCCUUCCGUCGCCCCCGGGAACAGCUGCGCCGGCUCCCCACCCUGGCCAGGGCAUGCUCGAGCAGACCGUGGUGCCUCACCGUCCAGGGACGCCAGGGCCGGAGGGGGGGCCCGAUGGCACUUCGUGGGCUCAGCUGGAGUCGCCGGGCAUGGAGGAGAAGGAUCCGCUGGUCUGGUUGCAGCAGCAGUGCCAAGCGGCGAGUGCCCUGGGCGGGGCAGGGGCGUUCCGGGGCGAUGAGCUGGCGCUGAACGUGCUGCGACUGCUGGACAGCGAGGGGUCGGGGGAUGAGGUGGCAGGGGACCUGCUGGACCUGCUGGGAAACGGGGGGGUCGAAAUCAUCGAGGAGCUGCUGCAGCGGAGGAAGGCCAUCACGGAUGCGGCGAAAAAGGCCCUGUCGGCGCUCAAGUCUGUGGACGACGAGGGCAAGGCGCAGCAGCAGCCCAGGAUGCCCAGCUACGGCACGCAGGUGAGCGUGCACACCGACUCGGACCGCGUGUUGGACAAGCUGCGACGCAAGGAGGAGAAGCGGCAGGCGCGAGCAGGACAUGCGUCGGGCAAGGGCGAGUCGGACUGGGACUGGCUGGCGGGGGCGGGGGGGUUCGUGGCGCUUCUGGACGUGGGCUUGGGAGCGAGGGGCGUGAUCGACAGUCUUGUGGGCAGAGGGGAAGACGGCUUCGGCAGCCUGGGCGUGAACGCGCGGGCGCUGCCCAAGGGGACCAUGCGCAAGACGUUCAAGGGGUACGAGGAGGUGCACGUGCCCGCCACGCCGACCGCGGAGAUGUUGCCGCAGGAGCGGCUGGUCAAGAUCGAGGAGAUGGACGAGUUUGCGCAGCUGGCCUUUGAAGGAUAUACCACGCUCAACCGCAUCCAGAGCCGCAUCUACCGCACGGCAUACUUGAGCAACGAGAACCUGCUGGUGUGCGCCCCGACGGGCGCGGGCAAGACCAACAUCGCCAUGAUCGCGGUGCUGCACGCGGUGAAGGCGCACAUGGUGCACGGCGUGCUGCAGAGGAAGGACUUUAAGAUCGUGUACGUCGCGCCCAUGAAGGCGCUGGCGGCUGAAAUGACGCGCGCGUUCGGGCACCGCCUGGAGCCGCUCGGGAUGGUCGUCAAGGAGCUCACCGGCGACAUGCAGCUCACCAAGCGCGAGCUGGAGGAGACGCAGAUGAUCGUGACGACGCCCGAGAAGUGGGACGUGAUCACGCGCAAGAGCAGCGACGUGGCGCUGGCGACGCUGGUGACGCUGCUGAUCAUCGACGAGGUGCACCUGCUCAACGACGACCGCGGGCCCGUCAUCGAAACGCUCGUCGCCAGGACGCUGCGCCAGGUGGAGGCGACCCAGAGCAUGAUCCGCAUUGUGGGCCUCUCCGCGACGCUGCCCAACUACAAGGAGGUCGCGCACUUCCUGCGGGUCAACCUGGACACCGGCCUCUUCUACUUCGACUCCAGCUACCGUCCGAUUCCGCUCCGGCAGCAGUACAUUGGCGUGAGCGAGCAGAACUACGUGACCCGCAACACGCUGAUGAACACCAUCUGCUACGAGAAGGUUGUGGGGGCGGUCAAGGACGGCAAGCAGGCCAUGGUCUUCGUCCACUCCAGAAAGGACACGGUGAAGACUGCGCGCAUCUUGGUGGAGCUGGCGGCGCAGCGCGGGGACGUGAGCCUGUUCGAGCCGGAGGCGACGGAGCAGGCGGGGCUGUGGAAGAAGGAGGUGGCCAAGUCGCGCGCGCGCGAGAUUUCGGAGCUCUUCGCGUCCGGCUUUGGCACGCACCACGCCGGCAUGCUGCGCUCCGACCGCAACCUCACCGAGAAGCUCUUCAGCAUGGGCCUCCUCAAGGUGCUGGUGUGCACGGCGACGCUGGCGUGGGGCGUGAACCUGCCGGCGCACAUGGUGGUCAUCAAGGGCACGCAGCUGUACGAGCCCAAGGCCGGCGGCUUCCGCGAGCUCUCCAUGCUCGACGUCAUGCAGAUUUUUGGGCGUGCGGGCCGCCCCCAGUUCGACACGAGCGGCGAGGGCAUCAUCAUCACGACGCACGACAAGCUGGCGCACUACCUGCGGCUGAUGACGCACCAGCUGCCCAUCGAGAGCCAGUUCAUCGCGUCGCUGCGGGACAAUCUGAACGCGGAGGUGGUUCUCGGCACCGUGACCAACAUCAAGGAGGCCAUCACCUGGCUCUCCUAUACCUACCUCUCCGUGCGAAUGCGCAUCAACCCGCUGCAGUACGGCCUGACGUGGGAGCAGGUGGCGGUGGACCCGUACUUGGCGAGCCACAAGAAGGAGCUGCUGACCAACGCGGCGCGCGACCUGAACGCGGCGCAGAUGCUGCGCUUCGACGAGCGCACGGGCAACCUGUACGUGUCGGAGCUGGGCCGCGUGGCCAGCCACUUCUACCUGCAGUACACCAGCGUGCAGACCUACAACGAGCUGCUCAAGAAACACAUGAGCGACUCCGAGCUGGUGUACAUGGUGGCGCGCUCUUCCGAGUUUUCGAGCAUCGUGGUGCGCGAGGAGGAGCAGCCCGAGCUGGAGACGCUCAUGCGCAAGCAGUGCCCGCUGCACGUGCGCGGCGGCGCCGAGGACAAGCACGGCAAGAUCAACAUCCUCAUCCAGGCCUUCAUUGGGCGCGCGCGGCUGGAGAGCUUCUCGCUGGUGGCGGACAGCGCGUACAUCAGCCAGAGCAUCGGGCGCAUCACACGCGCGCUGUUCGAGAUCUGCCUCAAGAAGAGCUGGUGCACCCUGGCAUACCUCCUGCUGCAGUACGCCAAGGCGGUGGAGCGGCGGCUGUGGCCGCACCAGCACCCGAUGCGGCAGUUCGAGACAGUGCUGUCGCCGGAGGUGAUGAGCAAGCUGGAGGAGCGCGCGCCCGACUUCGAGCAGCUCUACUUCGAGAUGGACCAAAAGGAGGUCGCCGAGCGGAUCCGCAACCCGCACGGGGCCAAGCUGGUGAUGCAGGCGCUGCGCAACUUCCCGCACUUGGAGCUGGACGCGAGCGUGAGCCCCAUCACGCGCAACGUGCUGCGGGUCACGCUGCGCCUCUCCCCGCACUUCGAGUGGAAGGACCGCCUGCACGGCACCGUUGAGCGGUGGUGGAUCUGGGUCGAGGACUCGGAGAACGAGCACUUGUACCACACGGAGUACUUUUUGCUGACCAAGAAGAUGAUGGCGGAGACGACGCACGCGAUCAGCUUCACGAUCCCCAUCUUCGAGCCGCUCCCCCCGCAGUACUACAUCCGCGUCAUCUCCGACACGUGGCUCGGCGCGGAGACGGUGCACGAGGUGUCGUUCAAGGGGCUCAUCCUGCCGGACCAGCACCCCCCUCACACCGACCUCCUCGACUUGCGGCCCCUGCCGCUCGCCGCGCUGCGCAACGCGCAGUACGAGGCGCUGUACCGGUUUACCCACUUCAACCCCAUCCAGACGCAGGCGUUCCACACGCUGUACCAUAGCGACGCGAACGUGCUCCUGGGUGCGCCCACCGGCAGUGGCAAGACCAUCUCCGCGGAGCUGGCCAUGCUGCGCCUCUUCGCCGCGCACCCCGGCAGCAAGGUGAUCUACAUCGCGCCGCUCAAGGCGCUGGUGCGCGAGCGCAUCGACGACUGGCGGCGCAACCUGGUCCCCGCGCUGCGCAAGAGCAUGGUCGAGCUCACCGGCGACUUCACGCCCGACAUGCGCGCGCUGCUGGCCGCCGACAUCAUCAUCUGCACGCCCGAGAAGUGGGACGGCAUCAGCCGCAACUGGCAAAACCGCAGCUACGUCCAGAAGGUGGGCCUGAUCGUGAUCGACGAGAUCCACUUGCUGGGCGCGGACCGCGGGCCCAUCCUGGAGGUGAUCGUGUCGCGCAUGCGGUACGUGAGCAGCCAGACGGGCGCGCCCAUCCGGUUCGUGGGCCUCUCCACCGCGCUCGCCAACGCGCGCGACCUCGCGGACUGGCUCGGCAUCGAGGAGCGCGGGCUGUUCAACUUCAAGCCCAGCGUGCGGCCCGUCCCGCUCGACGUUCACGUCCAGGGGUACCCCGGCAAGUUUUAUUGCCCGCGCAUGAUGAGCAUGAACAAGCCGACGUACGCGGCCAUCAACCAGUACUCGCCCUCCAAGCCCGUGCUCGUCUUCGUCUCGUCGCGCCGCCAGACCAGGCUCACUGCGCUGGACCUUAUUCAGUUUGCUGCUGGCGACGAGCGGCCGCGGCAGUUCGUGAACAUGGCGCAGGAGGAGGUGGAGGCGGUGGUGGAGCAGGUCAAGGACGGCAGCCUGAAGCACACGCUGCAGUUCGGCAUCGGGAUGCACCACGCCGGCCUCAACGAGCGGGACCGAACGCUCGUCGAGGAACUGUUCGUCAACAACAAAAUCCAGAUCCUGGUGUGCACGAGCACGCUGGCGUGGGGCGUCAACUUCCCGGCGCACCUGGUGGUGGUGAAGGGCACGGAGUACUACGACGGCAAGAGCAAGCGGUACGUGGACUUCCCCAUCACGGACGUCCUCCAGAUGAUGGGCCGCGCGGGGCGGCCGCAGUUCGACGACCACGGCGUGGCCGUCAUCAUGGUGCACGAGCCCAAAAAGAGCUUCAUCAAAAAAUUCAUGUACGACCCGUUCCCGGUGGAGAGCAGCCUGCCGGACGUGCUGCCGGACCACGUGAACGCGGAGGUGGUGGCGGGCACCAUCGGCAGCACGCAGGACGCCGUCGACUACCUCACCUGGACCUUCUUCUACCGCCGCCUCGUGAUGAACCCGAGCUACUACGGCCUGGCCGAGACGAGCGCGGACGCCAUCAACGCGUUCCUGUCGGGCCUGGUGGGCACGACGCUGGGCGUGCUGGCCGACGCGGGGUGCGUGCGGGUGGAGGCCGACGGCAGCGUGGAGCCGCUCAUGGCGGGCCGCAUCGCGUCCUUCUACUACCUGCACUACGCCACCAUGACGCUCUUCAGCGCAGCCAUCCGCGCGGACACCCUGCACCAGGAGGUGCUGCGCAUUUUGUGCGGUGCGUCCGAGUACGACGAGCUGCCGGUGCGGCACAACGAGGACAAACUGAAUGCGGAGCUGGCGGGCGUGGUGCGCUGGCCCGUGGACGCGCGCGCCCUGGAUGACCCGCACAUCAAGGCCAACCUGCUGCUGCAGGCGCACUUUUCGCGGCUGGCGCUGCCGGUGUCGGACUACAUCACGGACACCAAGUCGGUGCUGGACCAGAGCAUCCGCAUCCUGCAGGCCAUGGUCGACAUCGCCGCGCACGGCGGCUGGCUCGCCACCACGCUCCACGUCAUGCACACCCUGCAAAUGGUGCUCCAGGGCGCUUGGCACGACGAGUCCGCGCUGCUUUUCCUGCCCCACGUGACUGCUGACGUCGUCCAGCUGCUGGCUGCGCGCGGCAUCCGCGGCCUGCCCCAGCUCAUGGCGCUCUCCGCGGACCGGAUCCGCGACUGGCUGCGCGCCCUGCUCACCCCGCCCGAGAUCAGCGACCUCCUGCAGGCUUUGGCGCGCCUCCCUCGGGUCAGCGUCCAGUGCGCCCUGAAGCCAGCCUCGGGCGACAGCCAGCAGGUGGAGGUGCACCUGACGCGGCGGCGGGUCGGCCCUGGGCGGCCCGGGUCGGCCAAGGGGUGCCGCGCAUACGCGCCCCGCUUCCCCAAGGUCAAGGAGGAGGGCUGGUGGCUUGUGGUGGGCACACCCCACACGCACGAGCUGCACGCGCUGAAGCGGGUCACGCUCGCCGACAGGCUCACCACGCGACUCACCAUCCCCCGCCUUCCCUCCGACUCACACCAGGAGCUGCGGCUGCACCUGGUGUCGGACUGCUACCUGGGCCUCGACCAGGAGCACGGCCUGCACCAGCCAGCAGACGCCGCGGAAGGGCCCUCCACGUCUGCGCAAGGCGCCGCCAGGAGCCGCAACGGGCAAGUCAGUGCCACAGGGCCAGCCACAAGUACCAACGGCGAUGGGGAAAGCAGAAGACAUGACAGUAAGGGGUCUGCCACAGGCUGGGCGAUGCCCCACGUUGAUGGCCGGGGGAAGGAUGAGGAGGAUGACGACGCUGAGGAAACCUUCUUUGAUGCUUCCGAGGACUGAGGUGGCGGGGGGACUGAAGGUGCCUGUUUUCAGUGCAGCUGACCCAAGAAAGGGUAUGCUGCAACCACCAUCGCAACCUAACUCCGGUUGGAGAAGGUCAAAUAACCAGUUGACGCGCCAAAGGACUCCCUCCUUCGGGAAUGAUCUUUCAAAAGCAUCGGUCAUUUAAAAAAAUCCUCUGUAUUUACUCUCG